AUGGGCUAUCACCUCCCAAGGAUGAGGUCAAUGUUUCAUAGUGUCUGUCCGCUUGGUGUUGACAACGACUUGGGGCCUCUCGUUCGACCUCCUUGCCGGAACGGCAAUGAUUUCACUCUAGUCUUUGAGGACCUGGCCUUGACGAUUGUGCCGUCAGCCAUAUUGACGCUGGCAACGCUAUAUCGGACUCCAUACCUAUUGAGGCAAUCGAGAAAGACACAAUCAAUCUCAACCACGGUCAUUUAUCAGUAUGUCAAGAUUCUCGCUAUAUGUACUCUGGCUUUCUUCCAAGCAGUCCACCUGUUGCAGUGGAUAUCACUUGACAACGAGCCGAGUUAUCUAUCUCUAAGUGCAUCACUAUCUGCAGUCACUGCUACAACUUGCCUUUGCUUUCUAUCCUAUCUAGAGCAUGAUCGUUCCAUUGCUCCAUCACCUGUUGUUACGUUAUACCUCUUGGGUUCCGGCCUGUGCGAUAUUCCGAUACUACGAACCCUGUGGGUACGCCAAGACAACGUUUUUGUUCCGCUGGCACGAGCAGCGGCCCUGCUUGCCAAGGCUAUUGUCUUCUUGCUAGAGUCCACGAGCAAGAGGGACUAUCUUGAGGUCCCCUACAGCCAAACCUCGCCUGAGGCACUUGGAGGUAUAGUGAACCGCAGUUUGUUUUUGUGGCUUACGCCGACUAUCCAGCGCGGUUACCGCGUCUCCCUGGAGGUCGACCAUCUUCCAUGCCUAGACCCCAAGCUCUCAGUGGCACGACAACAGACUCGAUUGGCUCAAGUCUGGAAGGACUGGCGUCCACCAAGAAGCGGGCAUUCACUCUUGUUCGCAACCUUUUCAUGCUUCCGAUGGCAGUUCUUGGCCAUUGUACCUGCCCGUGUUGUCUUGAUUGCCUGUAAAUUCUCACAACCGCUGCUCAUCAAUGCGGCCGUGAAACUCUUGAGCAGGGAUGAUGGCAUUGACAAGCGAGACGCUGGUGUUCUUCUUACAGGCGCAGCUGCUUUGAUUUAUGCUGGGAUCGCCUUUUCUACUGCGGCAUACAAGCACAUGAUCUAUAGAACCAUGCUCGUAUUUCGGAGUGGUUUGAUAGGUGUCAUUCAUGAGUCUUCACUGCUGCUUGACCUGGCCACGGCAAAGGAUACUGCUGCGGUUACACUCAUGAGCACCGACGUUGACCGAAUCAUGGCGGGCAUCGAGAUGUUGGAUGUUAUUUGGGCAACACCAAUCGAAGCAAGCCUGGCUAUCAUCAUGCUGGGUCGGGAGCUUGGUUGGGCUUGCUUCCCUCCGCUGGUAGUCUCGAUCGCAUGCGCCAUAGGAAGUGUUUAUCUGGGUAAACUGGCGACGAAAUAUCAAAAAAUAUGGAUUGAGUCAAUCCAGGAGAGAGUUGCGGACACAACUCAUCUUUUGAACAACAUCAAAUCGAUCAAGAUGAUGGGAAUGACCGCGCCUCUGGCCGAGAAUAUUCAGAAAAAGCGACAGAGGGAAAUUGACCACUCUCGAGCAUACCGAAAAGUCGAUACAGCACAGCAGGCUUUGGGUAAUGCAACCCUAGUGUUGACGCCGGUUCUUACUUUCCUUCUUUACUACUUCCUGAUACACCAACGCGGCGGAGAAAGUCUAGAUCCAGCCAAAGCCUUUACCUCGCUGUCGCUAAUCGUCUUGCUCAGCUAUCCAAUCGUCUACUUCGUCUUCGCCGUACCCAGGUUCAUAGGGUCAAUCGGCUGCUACGAUCGAAUCCAAACAUACAUACUAAGUCAAGAUCGGGACGUUCAGUGGUCCGAGGAGGAUGAAGAGACAGAAAGCGAAUUUGGAACACCCUUCUCCAACGAAUGUGAACAAGUCGAGCUGGAGUCGCUUCUUCCCAAGGGCACUUUCAUCAAGUCAUCCAAGCUAGGCUGGAUGGAAGUCGGGGGCGUAACAUCGCCAGUUUUUGCGGCCGACCAUACAGCUGGGGAGCUAGUUCGUAUUGAGGAUGCGGACUUCGCUUUCUCGGCAGACUCAUCGAGUGUGCUCCAUAACAUCUCCCUUACAGUUCGCCAGGGGAAAUAUCUGCUGGUUUCCGGUCCUACAGGAAGCGGGAAAAGCUCGCUUCUGCUCUCUGUUCUCGGUGAGCUACGCCAGUGCCGAGGUUCGACCUUUCGAAAGCCGUCCCUUGACAUCGCCUUUUGCACACAGGAGCCAUGGCUGCCCAACCUUUCUGUUCGUGAUGUCAUCACUGGACCAUCGACCUUUGACAACACCUGGCUGUCCGAGGUAAUUGCGGCCUGUGAUCUAGGUCGGGAUAUAUCCCAGCUGUCUCAGAGGGAAAACACGCUUGUGGGAAGUAAUGGUUCCCGGCUAAGUGGCGGCCAGAAGCAGAGAGUGAGCUUAGCAAGAGCACUCUACUCGCGGAAGAAGAUUUUGCUUCUCGACGACGUGCUCAGUGGGCUGGACUUGUCUACCGAAAGAGCGGUGGCCCAUAACGUGUUAGGGCCAAACGGCCUCUGCAGGCGACUUGGCAUCACAGUCAUGAUGGCAGCGCCCAACACUAAGUACGCCGCAUAUUUCGACUCAACUUUCGUCUUGGAACUGGGAAAUCUCUCCGAAAACUCAUUGAACAAUCCAUCACUUACUGUAGAGCACGACUUGAACAAGGAAAAAGAUCCAGCAGAGGAGACAGAACACGAGAGUCGACCGAGUGGAGAUGGGCGCGUCGUGGGGGCGGUCGAAGCCACACCCCCUACAACGCAGACUUCCAGCGGUACCGGUUUACCCUUAUACAAGUACUACUUCUCGACGAUGGGCUGGGGGUCCACGUUCUUGGUAUUUGCCUCGAGCGCCACCUUCGUGUUUUGUUUCAAGUUUCCUGAUCUAUGGUUGAAGUGGUGGACCGAAUCUGAGAGCCGCCAACAGGAGACCAACACUACGUUGUACAUGACGGUGUAUGUACUCCUGGCUGCCGUUGCCCUCAUAGUACUGGUCUCAUUCUCGUGGUCCUUGAAACUUGUUGCUGUUCCUCGGGCAGCAGCCAGGUUGCAUCAAGAUUUGCUCUCCACGACCAUCGCCGCUCCUUAUUAUUUCUUGGUGGCCGCCGGAUCCGGCAGCAUUGUCAACCGGUUCAGUGAGGAUUUGGCCAUCGUUGACUUGCAACUUACUCUCGCCCUUGCGAAGUCCAUCGACGGGUUCUUCACAAUCGUUGCCGAAGCAUCCCUUAUAGCAUACGCCUCCGCUUUAACCGCGCUCUCGUUCCCGCCACUCCUCGGGGUGUUGUACCUUUUACAGAAGGUCUAUUUGCGCACCUCCCGUCGGAUCCGAACCCUAGAGAUCGAAGCCCGCUCCCCGCUGUUGUCACACUUCAUCGAGACGCUGGCAGGGCUGGCUACUAUUCGCGCGUUCGGGUGGCAGCGGUACUGGGUGAAGCGCCAACGCGACGCACUGGACCGAUCUCAGCGGGCGCUGUACAUGACUUACUGCCUGCAAAGAUGGCUGAACCUCGUCUUGGACCUCGUUGUUGCAGGCGUUGGUGUGACUGUAAUGGCGUUAGUAACGCAGCUGCCAAGCUGGACGACGGAUGGUGGUGCGCUUGGCGUGUCUUUAACAAACAUUGUCACGUUUAGCGCCACGUUGACCUACGUUAUACAGGGUUGGGCACAGCUGGAAACUUCAAUGGGAGCUAUCCAACGGAUACAGGAUUUCACCAACCAGACGCUAUCUGAAAACAAACCCGCAGAAAACAGAGAACUGCCUCCUGGGUGGGGUUUGACACAUGCAUCCGUAAGAUUUGACGGAGUCAAGUCGGCAUAUAGCGAUUGCUCCGAUAUCAUCUUGGAUGGCGUAACAUUUCAUAUCACGCCAGGGCAGAAGGUUGGAGUUUGUGGCCGAACGGGGAGUGGGAAAAGCACCAUGCUUCUAACGCUUCUUCGUCUUGCAGAGGUCCUGGAUGGACGCAUCACCAUCGACAACGUCGACAUCGCCCUGUCCCGGAGGGACCACAUCCGAAGUUCCGUAACAGUCAUGCCGCAAGAUCCCACCGUGUUCCCGGGAAGCAUUCGCUACAACCUCGACCCGCAACGUCGACACUCAGAUGCCGAGAUCAAGAAAGAGCUGGACCGUGUUGGUUUAUCUCACAUUCUAUCGUCCCCGCGCGGCCUAGACGCGACGAUGACACAAUCAACCUCCGUGUCGCUCUCUCGAGGAGAGCUGCAAUUGUUUGCGUUGGCAAGGGCAGUGCUUCGGCGCCACGAGGGCGCAUUGCUUUUGGUUAUGGACGAGGUUACUUCGUCAGUGGACUCUGUUGCGGAAGAAGUCAUUAUGCGAGUAGUGAUGGAGUCAUUCUCGAUGCACACUGUAAUAGCUGUGGUCCACCGGCUGAACACUAUAAUAGACUUUGAUCUGGUCUUUGUGAUGGACCAAGGGAGGUUGGUAGAGAGUGGGCAACCCCGGGCACUGCUGGAGUCACCCGGUUCUAUGUUUAGACGUCUGUACCGCCAUUAG